ACAUAUAAAUAGACCCUAAUCUCAUAAAUUCAUACUCCUUUUUUGGGUGGGAGAUAAACCAAAGAGAGUUUUCCUCUUUUUCUCCCCAUCUCUCUUUCUCUCUCCUCCUACAGCCGGUAUGCUUAUGAACAACAACACACUUUCUUCGUCUUCUUAAACCCUUAAUCUUCCAUUUUAGGCAAUACCCAGAAGCGAGAUAUUUCCAAUAGAAGAGGAAAUUGCUGCAUCCGCAAUCGGAGAGAGAGAAAUUUGAGGAGUUUUUGUUUUUUGUGGGUGAUAUUAGGGUAAUUUGGUGAAGGGAUUUUUCUGAGUUUGUUUUGUUUUGUUUUUGUGUUUUGUAUCAAUUGUUAAUGGAAUCAACUCAAGCUUCGUCGUUAAUUGAAUUGAUGGAGAAGGAAAAGGAGGCGGCGUUGGUCAACAACAAUUGCGUUUCGUUGGUCGACCCUUUUCUCGUUGAAGCUCUUCAAAACCCUCGUCAUCGUUUAACCAUUCUGCGAAUGGAGCUCGAUAUUCAGAAAUUCUUGCAGAAUCCUGAUCAAGUGCAGUUUGAGUUCCAACAUUUUCCUACUUCCUAUUUACGGCUUGCAGCACACAGGGUUGCUCAACAUUAUGGUCUGCAGACUAUGGUGUUGGACACUCUCAUUGAUGGGGCAGGAACCAAAAUUAUGGUUAUAAAAACAGCUGAGAGCAAGUACCCAUCUGUUUGUUUAUCAGACAUACCUAGGCAGUCAGAUAGCAACAAACAUGAUCAGGUCAAAAUAGCUAUCAGGCGUAGGCCUAGUGGAACAUCUUCUGGUGAUGCAGGAGACGGUCUUAAACAGAACUCUGUACGGAGUGUAGAGGAGAGGAAAGAGGAAUAUGAUAAGGCAAGAGCUCGGAUCUUUAGCAGCCCAAACAGUCCUGUGUCAGAUGAUGCAAUGUCUCAGGUCUCAGCAGAUGGAAAAGGUUUGUAUCCCAGCAAGGAUGAAAGCCAAAACUUUGUUAAUGAUUUGGAUAAGAACAUCAGUGUCAGGGAUGUAGGAAAUUCUUCUCGUGUUGCUGCCAUCUUCAAAGAUAGAGAAAAAGAUAGAUAUGAUCCAGACUAUGACCGUAGUUAUGACAGGUAUGUUAAGAGCUUUCCUACAGGGCAGAGGUUUAUGCCUCCUUUCAACAUGCCCAAGUUUCAGCCAGCGUUUGUGCAGUAUGAUGCGGGUUUUCAUCAGAUGAGUCAGAUUCCCAGAACACAAACUGCCCUCAACUAUGGUCCUCCAUCAGACCCAAGCAUGAAUCAUUAUUGUGCCAUUGGAUUGAAUCAAACUUCCAGAGAUGCGGUAUAUAUGCAGUGGCCUAGUCCUGCUAUGAUGUACGCACACUCAUAUGAUCAAUUCAGGCAUUCUGUUUUCCAGGCUCCUUUCUGUCAGCAGCCUCUCAGCUUCGACUACUCACAAAACCUUUGACAAUCCAUGCUGGUGGAUGCAUCCUGUUUUCGUUAGGUCUAUAUCUUACUACUUACUACUUACUAGGCUCUGUGAUUUAAGGUCAUUUGUUGAAUUAUAUGUGGAGAAAUUUAGUGUGUGUGCUACUUAUAUUUCUUUAAAGAAUAGGACCUUUUGUAGUUACUUUCAGUUGAUACCUGGUGACUGAGCCAUUUCUUAGUCUAUGUCAAAAGACUCAAAACUCUGUUAGAUCAACUAUAAUUCGUUCUUCAUUCUCCUCAUCCUACACUUGUGUUACUUUCUGCCGUGCAGUGAAUCUUUAUGAUAUUCUAUAAUGUAAUGAUUUAUUCUGUUUAACCAAA